AUGAUUAGUACAUCAGUAGACUCUAGCAAUCUCUUCCGGGUGGAUGGUAUCGUGGCUGUUGUUACCGGAGGUGGAAGUGGAAUCGGCUUGAUCAUUACUCGAGCUCUGGCUGCGAACGGUGCCCACAAGAUUUACAUCCUAGGUCGUCGAUUUGAAGUUCUUGAAAAGGCCGCCGCUGAAUAUCCCAACAUUGUCAUCGCCCACCAAGCCAAUGUAACCUCUAAGGAUGAUCUCCAGAUAGCCGUAGAUCGAAUCAAGUCAGAGGUAGGCUAUGUCAAUCUGGUUGUCGCCAAUGCUGGUAUGGUUGGAACUCCAAUACAGCUCAACCCGGCGGUCUCUCUGUCUGAUCUGCGCCAAUCGCUGUUUACCGAAUUUUCAAUGGAAGACAUGAACAACACUCUCAAUCUCAACGUCACGGCAGCUUUCUUCACCAUGACUGCUUUCCUUGAAUUACUGGAUGCGGGGACCCAGAACGCCUUGAAGGGCGGGUUCGGUCGACCUUUGAAGGAGGGCAGCGACGUCCCCUCUAUACAGAGCCAAGUAAUCUUCAUGGCCAGUAUUUCGGCCUUCAGUCGUCACUGGUUCUCACCACCACCAUAUAUAGCAAGCAAGACGGCUAUCAUGCAAGUAGCAAAGCAUGCUAGUACACAGUUAGCUAGAUUUGGCAUUCGUGUUAACGCCAUUGCUCCUGGGCUAUAUCCUUCGAAACUGACAUCGUGUUUGAUCUCCACUCGUAAGCCCGAAGAAGAACCUUCAAAUGACGAUCGUUUCGUUCCAGCACGUCGUUUUGGAGGGGACGAGGAAAUGGCAGGUGCUAUUCUUUACAUGGCAAGUCGGGCUGGUAGCUUUACAAAUGGAUCGGUCCUCACUACUGAUGGUGGCCGCUUGUCUGUCAUGGCUGGUUCAUAUUGA